UUGUAGCAUUUAUAAUGAGUGUGAUGUGCUUAGUGUUUACUGAUCCAGUAGAGCUGGUUCUGUUUGAGUCAGUCAGUCUGAUGGGGUGGGAUGAUGACUGGGAGGCGCCUGCCCUCUAAUUACCCCCUGUUUCUACCAAACACCUCUUCGUUUACACCCUAAAGAGAGUCAAGUCCAGGCAGUGCUGCUAGCUGUGAACAUUUCACUAAAGUAUCAGGAUCAUGUCUGUUUUUGUGCUCAGCUCUCUUAUGCUCUUCAGUGUAGUUUAUGCCUCUGACCCUGCGGAUCCAGUUUUGCUCGGACCUCCUACCAUCGGGUUCAGCUCUUCGUUCCGCUCGGUUUGUAAGCCUAUCCCCAGCACCCUGUCUCUGUGCCACGGCAUCGGCUACCGGCGUAUGUGGAUCCCCAACCUGCUCGGCCACGACUCCCUGAAAGAGGCCCAGCAACAGUCAGCCGCCUGGCUGCCGCUCAUCUCCAAGCUGUGCCACCAGGACACCAAGAAGUUCCUGUGCUCCCUGUUCGCCCCGGUGUGCGUGCCGGAGCUCGUCGGGCCCGUGAGCCCCUGCAGGAGCCUGUGCGAGGCCGUGCGGGACGGCUGCGUGCCUGUGAUGAGCGCCUUCGGGUUCCCCUGGCCCGAGAUGUUUAACUGCUCUCGAUUCCCAAGCGGGACCGAGCUCUGUAUCCCAGCAGAAGGACAGCUGGAGGAGCGGACGGAAGAGGAGGUCAGGCGUGAGGAGGAGCUGAAAGGGAGCAUCAUCUGUGAUGCCUGCACUCUGACUGCUGAAGGAGAGUCUGACAUCCAGGAAAACUUCUGCCACAGUCCAUAUGCUUUAAAGAUGCGUCUGGAGAGUGUCUCAACAGUAGGAGGCGACCGUCAGCUGGUGCCUGUGGCCCGCAGCCGCAUCCUGAGGUGGGCAGGGGGAGGUGCAGAGAGGGCGCAGGAGUUUGGAGGCGCAACGACCCACAGGGCUCUGUGGCUGCAGGAAGGAGGCAGCUGUACUUGUCCCGGCUUAGACUUGGCAGAGACAAACAACAAGCAAGAGGAAAAUGUAGAGCCGGUUGACAAAAAAAAGGCAAAGAGAGGAGGAAGACUGGAGAAUAGACCCCAAGCUGGAUGGUUCCUGGCCCUAGCUCAGGCUGAAGAAGGAAGACUUAUUUUGACUCGACUCGUUAAGUGGACCCGAGAGGACAAAGAGCUAAAGAAGUUCAUCAGAAGUCUUCUGAAAAAGCCUUGUCCGGAGCUGUAAACAAUUAGCCGUUUUAGUUCGUUGCAGAAUGGUGCCUGUAUGCUACUGGCAGUAACACUUUAUAUUUAUUCACUUGAAUAUAACAAACCCAACGAUUCCUAAAUACUAUGGCUGAGAAAAAUAGAAACAACAUCACAAAAAUAUUCAUUAAAAUAUUAAUUCAUUCAUAUUAAAGACUGAGUAGAUACUCUCACCUAAUCGCCUGGCAUAAGUUGUCUGACACCCUUAAAAUUUAUGUAAUUUAACUGCUAGGGAUUAUUUAAAUUGUAAAAAUUCUGAAUUGGUUUUACAUUCUGAUGAAAUUACAAUCAAACCAUUUUCCGUUACAGUGGACAUCAUGAAUAUUUCAACUGUAGUAACUGUUUCUGUAGUAAAAGCUUAUUUUGAUGAUAACCCGUAGCUUUUUGUAACUGCAACAAUUUAUUUUAUUAAUUAAUUUGCUUUUUUUUUUUGCAUUACCACAUCUUUUUCUAACAAAGAUGUCACUUACAUGACAAAAAGACUUAGAGGAAGUGAAGUGUGCCUAAUAUCUAAGUUGAAUAUGUUUGGUGCAAGAAAUAAAUGUAGUAACGAUGAAUCUGAGGAUGGGCAGUAAGGAUGCUGACGUAGUUUAAGUAGCUGAGGAUGCACUAGCUGAUAGAGCUCAAGGACAGAAGAAAAAAAAAAAGACACCAGAAAGCAUAAAAGAAACACCUUCAGUGUGGGAAGCUUGUUUUUGUGUUUGUACUGAAAUGUGUCUGAUAACUGAGUUCACUGAUGAUUUCCAUUUCCUAUUUCAUUUAGUGAAAUAAGCAAAAUAUCUGCUGGAUUUGUUAGAAAUGUUAAUUAUUAAAAGGCAGAGUUCAACAGGGGAGCUGGGGAGGAUCUGAAGAGUCAAGACAAGAAACUAAAUGGGUGAGGGGACAGAAGCAUCAACAGAGGGAAACAUUUUUUUUAUGACACUGAACAUUAGAAAGUUGUAAACUAUGGGGUUGCUUUCAUCGUUUUCACCUUGUGAAAUGGUAUUAGUUCUUUUUCACAUACAUAUUUCCAGUUCUAAAUGCAUGUUUCCCAUGUUUUGAAAGUAUGAAAUAAUAAAAAAAAUUAUAUAUGGCGUUAUCAGUUUUCAGUUCAAGUGGUCCACAGCCUGAUUGUUACAAAAUCCGGACUUGCAAGAUGCUAAUUUAUUUCAUGUAUUAUUUUUAGAAAACUUUCAACUCUGAAGAAUGAGAUAUAGAGCUGUAUUCUGAUUGUUGGCCAUUUCAACAUAUUUGUGGUGAAGUUACACAGGCUGUGAUGGUGACGCAGCGUUUGGAAAGUUGCUAUUUCACAUCAAGUGUAAACCUUCAACGACAAUGUUUGUGGAGUCUUACUUGCAUACAUAAAGAAAAUAUCCAAAUCACAAAGAAAUUCUCAAAUUAUAUUAAUUAACUUUUUUCCAUCCAAUUUGUAUGUACUUCACAUAGUUUUGCUGUUUGAAUAUUUCCCUCUAUAUUUAAUUAAACCCAUCAGUGUAUUACA